UAAGUACUUAAACCAUCAUGUAUGUAAUGAUGGUAUUUCAUACUUGUGUAAAGCAGAAUAAUGUUUUUAUCCAAAACCUUAAUGUUAUAGGGUAAACUUCCAGUCAUUGGACGCUACCAGGCAUUGGACAGAACACAAUAAAAUCUUAAAAAUUAAGGUUGCUCUAAAAAUGGCAACAUUGGAAUUAAUUUCUUUCUAAACUCUGCUUUUUGACAAUACUCAAUAGUUCAAAACAUUUUUAAUAGAUGUCAGUAGUAGUUAAUUUUUGUUUACUUUUGUUGGCGUCCUAACAGUCGGCGGUGUUUCUAGAGAAAAAUAAAGAAUUCGGUAAGUUUAUCAACAAAGUUUAUAGCAGUUAAUUUUCUUUUCGUUAAUCCCAUAUGCUUAGCCGUUUACACAGUAAAGCAUUAUCGUAUUUACCAUAGAAUUUAUAGGAAUUGGUGACCUUAAAACAUAAUUUUUAGGUUAUAAUGUACUGUCCAACGAUUCAAAUUUUUUAAUGUUAAAAUCUAAUUAAUGGACAGGUGUUCAAUAACUGUGUUUUUGAAAUUGAAAUAAAUUUAAGCUAUUAUAGACUCUCCUACCUUUAUUUUUAAGCAAAAGCAACUAUUUUUUAUAUUAUUGCUUAUAGACAUUUUCUACUAGUCUUUGGACAGGGUGUCCAACGACUAAUAUUAAUGUGUCCAAUAACUUGAUGGCUGCAGGUAAUCUUGGAUAGCGGUGUUGAGAAGAUAAAAAAAUGCCUAAGGGGAAAAAGAAAGACUAUGAUCCUACUACUUUAAAUCUAGCACUUAAUGAAAUAAGAGAAACUGGUAAAAUUCGAGAAAUAGCGCGAAAAUACAAUAUUCCCAAGUCCACCUUACAUUUCAAACUCAAAAACCCAACCCAUAGAACAUCAUUUGGUCCACCUCCCGUUCUGACUGAAGAAGAGGAGCGUACUUUAGAGGUUUGGAUAAAGGAAGUUAUGAAGAAAGGAUUCCCUUUAAAAACUGAUGACUUAAAACAAAGUGUUUUCAAGUUUUUGACCGAAAAUCCACGACCCAAUAAGUUUAUAAAUAAUUAUCCUGGAGAUGGAUGGGUAAGAGGAUUUUUAAGACGACAUCCAGCGAUCGUAUUCCGUACCAGUGAAGGCGUAACACAAUCUAGUGCAUGUGUUUCUGAAUCUGAUAUCAGGAAAUGGUUCUCUGAAAUUCAUGACUACUUGUCGCAAAACAACCUGUUAAAUAUUUUUAAUGAGCCAUCUAGGAUCUAUAAUGGCGACGAAAGUGGAUUCCAAUUAUGUCCAAGAACGGGUAAAGUGCUAGCAGAGAAAGGAACCCAAAAUGUAUAUAAAGUUGAUCAAGGUAAUGCUAAGGAGUCAGUAACAGUAAUGUUCACUUUUUCCGCUGAUGGUACCGCGUGUCCACCUAUGGUUGUUUACAACUAUCAAAGAAUACCUCAAAAAAUUGCGGACGGAGUUCCCAAAGAAUGGGGAAUUGGUAGAAGUGAAAAUGGAUGGAUGACAUCCGAACUAUUCUUCGAAUACAUAGCAAACAUAUUUCACCCUCACCUGAUUGCCAAAGGCGUGCAAUUUCCUGUCAUAUAUUUUUUAGAUGGUCAUAAAACUCAUCUUACUUAUGGUGUAAGUAAGCUGUGCAAAGAGUUGGGAAUCGAAGUAAUAGCAUUGUAUCCUAAUGCUACUAGAAUCCUGCAACCGGCCGACGUAGCCGUAUUUAGGCCAGUUAAGGCUGCUUGGAAAGACGCUGUAAAGUUAUGGCAUUUAGAAAACAACGGCGAACCAAUUACAAAAGUGAAUUUUGCAUGUGUUCUGGAACUAGCAUUACAAAAGUCUAUAAAACCAGAUACUCUCAUUAAUGGGUUUCGUUGUUGUGGUUUAGUACCAUUCGAUCCUACCGCAGUAGACUAUUCGAAGUGCCUCGGUGGAAUAAACAACAAUAAUAAUUCAGGUACAGAUGUUCUGUCUGUUCAGCAACAACCUGAAACAAAUUCUUCAAAUGUUAUUACUUUGGCGAAAUUUAAAGAAUUGGUUGGACCAUCUAUUAUGUCAAAAUUGUAUGCUUAUGAUAAUAACCCUGUAGAUGACGAAAACGUGAAUAUUUUGUACCGUCUCUACUCAGUAUUUGACGUUUACUGCUCUCAGUCAUCAUCCGCACAAAAUAAUUUAACCAGCCGUGCAGAAAAUAUACCUUUGGAGAAUAUAGAUUCGCCUUUGACCAUUCAGCCCAUUGAAGAAAUAGAAAUGAAUAACGAAAGUCGAUGUGAUAAAGAUAUGACACAGAAGCAAAUAUUUGGUGCACCUGGAAAUAACGAAGUAAAUGUCUUACAGUGUAUAUUUUCUAAGAAUGAUGAUUUGAAUGACGAUCUUCUUAUAUCCGAUGUUGUUCCUGAAAGUUCAGAAAACAUGACUCCAGCCAAACAAAUUAUUAAUUCUAAUAUUAUUUCUUUAAGCUCAGGACAAGUGAAUGUUCACCAACUAGAGACUAGCCCUGCUUUCAAAGUUGUUUCAAACAGCCUUUUGGGAAAUUUUUUGACUUUGCCAAAAACACCCGAAAGGAAAGGUAAAAGAAACACCGUGAGAAUGCCAUUUGCAAUAACGUCUGCCAAAUAUAGAGCAAUGUUUAAAGAACAAAUGUCGAAAAAAGAAUUAGAAACAAAAGCAAAGGAGGAAAAAAAGAAGAAAAAGGAAGAAACUAAACUACAAAAAGAAAAGGAAAAGAUAGAGAAAACAAAAAGGAAUGUUAACAAAAACUCUCAAGCUGUUUCAACAAAUGCGUGCAAGGUAUGCUGUAAGUCGACUAAGACAUCAAAUCGGGUGGUAUGUGAUAUGUGUUCGGCGAUAUUCCACGUAAAAUGUAUACCAGCUAAGCAUCAACAGCAUGUCCCCGAAGAUUUAAGAAUUGAUCUUUUUAUAUGCCAUGUUUGCUAUAAAGAAGAUAAUAAUGACGACACUCUUGAUCUCAGCUCUGAAAGGAAUAGCGAAGAUAGUGGUGAUGAUGCACAAAAAUUAUAUGAUAUGAUUGUCGAACAUAAGAAAAAAAAAUGUUAUUAAGUCUGAGAAGGGAUUGUUUUAUUUUCAAGUAAAUUUUAUAAUUUCAUUUUAUUUUAUGUUUAAAGCUUUAAAUACACAUAUAGAAGUAUACCUAAGAGUUGGUAAGACUGAAUAACAUAAGUUUUGUUACCAAAUGUGAUUAACAAAUUAAUUCUAAGAUAUAAAAAUGUAUGUUCUAAUUGAUUAUUUUGUAAUACAUAUAAUUACGAACAGUUUA